AGAAAUAUACCAAACUAUCAUCCCAACACACACAGACUCUCGCUUUCUGAUAAGUGUCGUGUGCAGUACCUUGAAAGACAAGAAAAAAUGGGAUUCCCUUUUGAAGAAACUUUGAGCUCUAACCUUAAAACCCAAACUGUUAUUGAUGAUGAUAAUGAGUUAGGUUUGAUGGCCGUGAGACUAGCCAAUGCCGCAGCCUUUCCCAUGGUUCUCAAGGCCUCCCUCGAGCUCGGUGUUUUUGACACUCUUUACGCCGAAGCCGCUCGCACCGACGCCUUCCUCUCACCAUCUGAGAUAGCGAGUAGGUUACCAACUACUCCACGUAACCCUGAGGCACCAGUUUUGUUGGACCGGAUGCUUCGUCUACUCGCUAGCUACUCCAUGGUCAAAUGCGAUAAGUUUGGAAAGGGCGAGAGAGUCUACAGAGCCGAGCCAAUUUGCAGGUUCUUCUUGAAAGAUAACAUUCAAGAUAUUGGAUCCCUUGCGUCUCAAGUCAUUGUCAAUUUUGACAGCGUCUUCCUCAAUACCUGGGCACAACUGAAAGAUGUGGUACUUGAAGGAGGAGAUGCAUUUGACCGUGCACAUGGUGGCAUGAAACUCUUUGACUAUAUGGGAACUGAUGAGAGAUUCAGCAAACUCUUUAACCAGACAGGAUUCACCAUCGCUGUAGUGAAGAAGGCUCUUGAAGUUUACCAAGGCUUCAAAGAUGUGGAUGUGUUGGUUGACGUUGGAGGAGGAGUUGGCAACACCCUUGGUGUUGUUACUUCAAAGUAUCCCAAUAUUAAGGGUGUAAAUUUUGAUCUGACCUGUGCCUUGGCACAAGCGCCUUCUUACCCUGGAGUGGAACAUGUAGCGGGAGAUAUGUUCGUAGAGGUUCCAAAAGGAGAUGCCAUGAUAUUAAAACGUAUAUUACAUGAUUGGACCGACGAAGACUGCGUUAAAAUUCUCAAGAAUUGCUGGAAAUCACUACCGGAGAACGGUAAAGUCGUUGUCAUAGAACUAGUCACUCCUGAUGACGCUGAUAAUGGGGACAUCAACGCGAACAUUGCAUUUGAUAUGGAUAUGUUGAUGUUCACCCAAUGUUCUGGUGGAAAAGAAAGGUCACGAGCCGAGUUUGAAGCUUUGGCUAUAGCUUCUGGCUUCACCCAUUGCAAAUUCGUCUGCCAGGCUUAUCACUGCUGGAUCAUUGAGUUUUGUAAAGAAAAUGUGUAAAAUACAAAACUAAAACAUUUCAUCUUCGUUUCAGUUCUUUGUUUGUGAUGAUCAUACUUUGUAUGUAUGUGUGUUCGAGCAAUAUGAAAGAAAAAUAAGUUUUUUUUUGUUU